AAAGCUAGCCUCAGCUUGCGCUUCCUGCCCGCUUCUCGCCUGCGGCCCAAGUGUUCACAGGUGAAGAGAUGGCAUUUGUGAAGAGUGGAUGGUUGCUGCGACAGAGUACUAUUUUGAAGCGCUGGAAGAAGAAUUGGUUUGACCUGUGGUCAGAUGGUCACCUGAUCUAUUAUGAUGACCAAACUCGGCAGAGUAUUGAGGAUAAGGUCCAUAUGCCGGUAGAUUGCAUCAAUAUCCGCACAGGGCAUGAGUGUCGGGAUAUUCAGCCUCCAGAUGGGAAGCCAAAAGACUGUCUGCUGCAGAUUGUUUGCCGAGAUGGGAAAACUAUCAGUCUUUGUGCAGAAAGCACAGAUGAUUGUUUGGCCUGGAAAUUUGCACUGGAAGAUUCUAGAACAAACACAGCUUAUGUUGGCUCACCAGUCCUUUCCGAGGAGACAGUUGUGGCUGCUUCACCCCCUCCAUACACAGCCUAUGCUGCACCAACUCCUGAGCAGGUAUAUGGCUAUGGUCCGUACGGUGGUGCAUACCCAGCAGGAACUCAGGUUGUCUAUGCUGCCAAUGGCCAGGCGUAUGCUGUGCCCUACCAGUACCCAUAUGCAGGACUUUAUGGACAACAGCCUGCCAACCAAGUCAUCAUUCGUGAACGGUAUCAUGACAAUGACAGUGACCUGGCACUAGGCAUGUUGGCUGGAGCGGCCACAGGCAUGGCCUUAGGGUCUCUGUUUUGGGUUUUCUAGAAUCUUCAAGAUCUUAAUGUGCAUAGCUGCUGAUAAUCCUGUGUGCAAUAAUAUGAUUUGCAGGGCAUUUCUGUUUGUGACAAAUGUUUUUAAUAAUAGUUUUAAUAGUUCUUUUAGAAGUAGUGACCUAAUAAUUGUAACUAAUCUGCAUAAGAACCACAGAGAAAGGUUUGAACUGUGUUGGUUAAACACACUGGGGGCUCUGGCUCAUACUCGGACUGUCCUUAUGGAACUCUUGGAAUAAUUAUUUGAAUAUACCUGUCAUGAAAGGCAUUUUCUUUACACAGGUGUAGUGCUGAAGGGAUAAUUUAUUUUCAUGUUGUACAAUAAUAUAGUGAUGAAUGAGUGAGUGGUUGUGGCAAGGAAAACUGCAGCUUCUUUUGGUUUAACCUCAAACUUUGAAACCUCAGACCAGACUGGU